GGCGUCUUCGGGGUCCUUCCGGACAGCGGGCUCAGGCAGUGUAGCCGUGUGAGGCGGAAGCGCGGUUUCUAGCGGCCUACGGGGAGCUUUUGGCUGAGCAGGCCGGAGCAUCAUGGAUACUGACUUGUAUGAUGAGUUUGGGAAUUAUAUUGGACCAGAGCUAGAUUCUGAUGAAGAUGAUGAUGAAUUGGGCAGAGAGACCAAAGAUCUUGACGAGAUGGAUGACGAUGACGACGACGAUGACGUAGGCGAUCAUGAUGAAGAUCACCCUGGGAUGGAGGUGGUGCUGCAUGAGGACAAGAAGUACUACCCCACAGCUGAAGAGGUGUAUGGUCCUGAGGUGGAGACCAUAGUUCAGGAGGAAGAUACCCAGCCUCUCACAGAACCCAUUAUUAAGCCAGUGAAAACCAAGAAAUUCACUCUGAUGGAGCAGACGCUACCUGUCACGGUUUAUGAAAUGGAAUCAGAAAAGAAGAAAUCAUUGCUUUAUCCCAAUUCCUGCAAUUCCGUUUCAGCACCACAGGCUCUUCCUCGGCCUUCCUCCAUUCCUUCCCUAGCACGUGGGAGCAUGGCUCCCAACAUCAUCAGUGUGUUUAUUCAUCCCUCGGUCCUGCGACAUGCCCCCUUAAAGUUCCUGAGUCUGUCUUUGGGCAAGAUAACCUCUGCUUCCACCCAGCAAUCCUAUCUCCCCAGGUUCUCUUUUCCUCAUACUUCAUGUUUUGAAAUAGUGCCCACUUUGACGUGCCGUUUGCUCUCACCACCUUAUGGUUCUCAGGUGAUGCUGAACACAGAGCGGCUGAUCAAGCACGCGGUGCAGGAGAGGCUGGCAGUCACCGUGUGCAUCAACAAGAUUGACCGGCUGAUCCUGGAGCUGAAGCUGCCUCCCACCGACGCCUACUACAAGCUGCGCCACAUCGUCGAUGAGGUCAAUGGGCUGAUAAGUGCAGACUCAGUUGGCUGUCGUCUCUGGCUGUGCUACACCGACAUCCUCUUCACAGAGCAAGAGGCAGAUUGUAAUUGUAUGGCUUCUCUUACAGGUGACAUUAACUACCAGGAAUUUGCUAAAAGACUCUGGGGUGACAUCUACUUCAACCCCAAGACGCGAAAGUUCACAAAAAAGGCCCCAAACAGCAGCUCCCAGAGGAGCUUCGUAGAGUUUAUCUUGGAGCCGCUUUAUAAGAUCCUCGCUCAGGUUGUGGGUGAUGUGGACACCAGCCUUCCGAGGACCCUAGAUGAGCUUGGCAUCCACCUGACCAAGGAGGAGCUGAAGCUGAACAUCCGGCCCCUGCUCAGGCUGGUCUGCAAAAAGUUCUUCGGCGAGUUCACAGGCUUUGUGGACAUGUGUGUGCAGCAUAUCCCCUCUCCAAAGGUGGGCGCCAAGCCCAAGAUCGAGCACACCUACACCGGCGGCGUGGACUCAGACCUCGGCGAGGCCAUGAGCGACUGUGACCCUGAUGGCCCCCUGAUGUGCCACACUACCAAGAUGUACAGCACAGAUGACGGAGUUCAAUUUCAUGCCUUUGGCCGGGUGCUAAGUGGCACCAUCCAUGCUGGGCAGCCUGUGAAGGUGUUGGGGGAGAACUACACCCUUGAGGAUGAGGAAGACUCCCAGAUAUGCACUGUGGGCCGCCUUUGGAUCUCCGUGGCCAGGUACCACAUUGAGGUGAACCGUGUUCCUGCUGGCAACUGGGUUCUGAUUGAAGGUGUCGAUCAACCAAUUGUGAAGACGGCGACCAUAACUGAACCCCGAGGCAAUGAGGAGGCUCAGAUUUUCCGGCCCUUGAAGUUCAACACCACAUCUGUUAUCAAGAUUGCUGUGGAGCCAGUCAACCCCUCCGAGCUGCCCAAGAUGCUGGACGGUCUGCGCAAGGUCAACAAAAGCUAUCCUUCCCUCACCACCAAGGUGGAAGAGUCUGGUGAGCACGUGAUUCUGGGUACUGGGGAGCUCUACCUGGACUGCGUGAUGCAUGAUUUGCGGAAGAUGUACUCGGAGAUAGACAUCAAGGUGGCUGACCCCGUUGUCACCUUUUGUGAGACAGUGGUGGAAACAUCCUCCCUCAAGUGCUUUGCUGAAACGCCCAAUAAGAAAAACAAGAUCACCAUGAUUGCUGAGCCCCUUGAGAAGGGCCUCGCCGAGGACAUCGAGAACGAGGUGGUCCAGAUCACGUGGAACAGGAAGAAGCUGGGAGAGUUCUUCCAGACCAAGUACGAUUGGGAUCUGCUGGCUGCUCGUUCCAUCUGGGCUUUUGGCCCUGAUGCCACUGGCCCCAACAUCCUGGUGGAUGAUACCCUGCCCUCUGAGGUGGACAAGGCUCUUCUCGGCUCAGUGAAGGACAGCAUUGUUCAAGGUUUCCAGUGGGGAACCAGGGAAGGACCCCUGUGUGAUGAGUUGAUUCGAAACGUCAAGUUUAAGAUCCUAGAUGCAGUAGUUGCCCAGGAACCCCUGCACCGGGGCGGGGGCCAAAUCAUCCCCACUGCCCGGAGAGUCGUCUAUUCUGCCUUCCUCAUGGCCACCCCUCGGCUGAUGGAGCCUUACUACUUUGUGGAGGUGCAGGCCCCUGCAGAUUGUGUCUCUGCUGUUUAUACUGUCCUGGCCAGGCGCAGGGGCCACGUGACUCAGGACGCACCCAUCCCAGGCUCCCCUCUCUACACCAUCAAAGCUUUCAUCCCGGCCAUUGACUCCUUUGGCUUUGAGACUGAUCUGCGGACUCACACCCAGGGGCAGGCCUUUUCCUUGUCUGUCUUCCACCAUUGGCAGAUCGUGCCUGGUGACCCUCUGGACAAGAGCAUUGUCAUCCGCCCCUUGGAGCCACAGCCAGCUCCUCACCUGGCCCGUGAAUUCAUGAUCAAAACCCGACGUCGGAAGGGCCUGAGUGAAGACGUGAGCAUCAGCAAGUUCUUCGAUGAUCCUAUGUUGCUGGAGCUCGCCAAGCAGGAUGUUGUGCUCAAUUACCCCAUGUGAAUGCCGGGACUACUGGCAGCUCCUGCGCCCUGCAGUCGCCUGCAUCCUGGACUGGAAGCUGUGUCUUGGGACCUAGUGUGUCUUGGACUCCACGUUGUCAGAAAGUGUCUGGGACCCGCGUGGCCAUCUUGAAUAGCCCAAGAGCCUCCAAGCCAGAGCCCAGGGAGGGAGGCGCACUCGGCCUCCUGGUUCCUUCCGUGGCCUCUGCCUGGCUCCAUUCCCAGGGAACAGAGAGGAGCUUGGGCUCAGAGGAGAAGGGGAUGAGGUGUUUCACCCCAACGGGCCCCGUCCUCAGGAUUUACAUGGAAUAUUUUUUUAACAAGUUUGACCUUAGCCAUGGUUUAUAAGUGAACAGAACAUUCUGA